GGGGAUAAAAGGAGUUCGCAUGUGCUCGAACUCCAGCACCCGAUAUCUCACAAAUUCUCUCGCUCUCUACAAACUGCACUUUCACGUCGUCUUAGUCACGCGAAAAUCUCCAAUGGCUGCCACUACUGCUAUCGCCAUCGUUUCUCCCACCUUUUCCCACGCUUUUGGGAGGUUCGGUAUUUCUAUGAAAAAAUUAUCGCCAGGUUCCGUCCGACCUGCGCAGCGUGUCUCGGCAUCGCGUCAUCGGCGCAUCACGGCAAAGGCGGAUUCCAAGAGCCUGCAGGAGCAGCCAAGCGCGGACCCGCCAUCAUCAUCAUCGGCAGCAACGGACGCCGCUGCCACAACAGCACAGCCCCAGCGCGCUGUGAAGAGCCGAGCGUUCCUCGUCUCGCGCCGCCCGACCGUGGCAACGCCAUUUGGGUCCCUCUCAGAGCUGCUGGACCCCUGGUUCCCCGGCACCCACUCGCUCACGCACCUCGUGGACGCCAUGGACCGCACCAUGCUUCGCCACGCUUUGGCUGCCAACCCGCUUCGUGCUGCGGCCCGCGUGUCUCCUCUGGCGCUCGCCGCUGCUCUGCCGGGGAGAUUGCCGUGGAGUGAGACGGAGACGGACGACGCCUUCCACAUCCGCAUCGACAUGCCUGGUUUGUCCAAGGAGGAUGUGUCGGUGACGCUGGAGGGAGAUACUCUGGUGAUCCGAGGGGAGCUCAGGGAGGUGAAUGGGACGGACGGCGAGGGCGAGGAGAAGGAUGAGCGAGAAUCCUCCAAAUCGUACCAGGUUACUGUAGCGGUGCCAGAAAACAUUUUGAAGGAGGGAAUCAAGGCAGAGAUGAGCAACGGUGUGCUCAACCUGCUUCUGCCCAAGCUUGAGGCUCCUGAGGAACUGCCCACCACUGCCGUGGAGAUCCCUGUUGCCUGACUCUGCUCCACCUGCUCUGGUGCUCUUGUGGUCUUGUGUUUUCGUGGACCCUCGCCGCCAUGGUUUAAGGUCGUUCAGGGUAGCACCGAACCUUGUGACUUGUACAUGCCUGUUGAACACGGAAAUAUAGUCGAUAUACACUAUGGUAGCGUGUGUGUUAGCCCUUCCUGUGGUUGAAUGUGGUGGAAGAUUGCUUCAUUGCUUUUUGAGG